CAGAGAUAUUGAAUGUAGUUGUCCUUAUUUCCAGAUGAGAAGAGAAGUACGACCCGAACGGGUUCCGCGACGCGCUUGUGCAGGGGCUCGAGCGCGCCGGCGGCGACCUGGACGCCGCGUACAAGUUCCUAGACACCGCCGGCUCCAAGCUCGACUACCGCCGCUAUGGCGAGGUCAUAUUCGACGUGCUCAUCGCGGGCGGCUUGCUGCUGCCCGGUGGGUCGGUGUCGAUGGACGGCGACACGCCGAAGACCAGCAUGUGCAUAUUCGCCGCUAAUGAGGACAUGGACACCAUGCGCAACUUCGAACAGGUAUUCGUGAAACUGAUGCGUCGGUACAAAUACCUCGAGAAGAUGUUCGAGGAAGAAAUGAAAAAGGUCUUGGUGUAUCUGAAGGGUUUCGAGCCUCUUCAGCGCAUCAAACUGGCGCGCAUGACCGCGCUGUGGAUCGGUAACGGUUGCGUGCCGCCCGCCGUGCUGUUGGUGCUGGUCAAUGAGCAUCUCCUGAAGGACAACCUGGCGCUGGAGUUUGUCCUGGAGGUGUUCACCACAGUGAAGCAGGAGCGCGGCGUCGCCUCGCUCAUCGCGGCGCUGCGACGAGGACAGCUUGAAGGCAGACUGCUGGAGUUCCUGCCGCUGAACCGGCGCAGCGAGGAGGCGCUGGCGGCGUCGUUCGGCGCGCGCGGGCUGGCCGAACUGCUGCGCCUGCACCGCGCGCAGGCCUCGCAGGAGGCGCGCCGCGACCUCACCGCCGCGCUGCAGGACGACCUCGCCGACGACAAGCCUGUGCGCGACCUCAUACAGGACCUGCGCGACAUGGCGCACAAACACGCCAUACCCGACCACGAGGUCAUCGCCAUCAUCUGGCAGUGUGUGAUGUCCCGCAGCGAGUGGAACAAGAAGGAGGAGCUGCUGGCCGAGCAGGCUGCGAAACACUUGCGCCAGUACACGCCGCUGCUGGAGGCGUUCGCGCAGUCCGCCAAGGCUGAACUGGCGCUGCUGACCAAGGUACAAGAGUACUGCUACGAGAACAUGAACUUCAUGCGCGCGUUCAGCAAGCUGGUGGUGAUGCUGUACAAGACUAAUGUACUGUCGGAGGAGGUGAUCCUCAAGUGGUACCGCGAGCCUAACUCCACCAAGGGCAAGAUGAUGUUCCUCGACCAGAUGAAGAAGUUCGUCGAGUGGCUGCAGAGCGCCGAGGAAGAGUCCGAGAGCGGCGAAGACGAUGAUUAGUUUAAGAGCAGCGAGUGAGACUGACAACAGACACCCCAUGCAUAAUGUUUCCAACACAGACAGACGCGCGCCCCACAAUAAUAAUGUAUAAUAAUAAAGUAAACGUUGAGCUGCAAGAGGCGGCGCGCGACACCUUUUCUACAGCUGUAUAGUAUUCAUGUCGACUUACAUGCAACAAUGAAUUCAAACCUAAAAUAUUUUUUAUUCAAUUUUUUUAGUAAAAUUCCAAUAAAUGGUGGUAACACGC